CUAUGAGCAGUGCAAGAAAAGCGCAGAAAGCCCUUCGAGGAGUUCGACGAACUAUCGCCAAGCAAGUCAAGGGAAGAUUUGCUUGCAAAUUUCGCUUCACCGUCACCUAUGAAUACGUAGAUUUACAGUGCACAAAAUUGAAACCCAGUAAUAUUACCGUUUUGUGGUUUAGAAGUCAUCGAUCAAAAACCUCCAAAAAGCCUGAAGUCAAAGCUUGCUAUCUUGAUCCAAAGACUGGGUUUUUUAUGUACAAUGCAUCUUGGUCACCUCCAAAUAAUGUAGAACUUGUUGUUACGCUUUAUAAGGAUAGUGCAGGUAACUUCAAAACAAAAGAMUAUUUCUUUGUCAUAGAGACCCAUGUACCUGAUGCUGAGCGCAAGAAACUUGCCAUUUUCUCAUGCAACAUGGCUGACUUUGCAUCCCCAGAUACAAAUGAAUUUGAUUUAGAAAUGGAAUUCAAGCCACAAUCUAAAAAGGUUGUACAAGCCAAACUUGGAGCUAAAAUAAAGUGCGAGUUUAUUAAGCAGGGUUCUGUAUAUGAUGAUGAUAUGGAGAGCAAUUUUAGUCACAUGAGUGACUCUGAGUUCAAGCAAAGGAUAAAUGAUCUGACUGAAUUUAGUGAUGAUGAAGAUGAUUAUAAACAAGACAGCAAUAAGAAAAAGAAGGCAAGACAAUCUUGGACAAAUUUUGUAGAUGAAAUGAAAACACUUGAAUAUCAAGAAUACCACAUUGCCAUGGUUGGAAACCCUCUUGCUGACUCUAUAGAAGAUCAUUCUGAGCCUACAGGUAUAGCUUACGCCAGUCUCCUUUGUAUUGGUGUAUCCUUUGUAUUAAAGACCCAAUGUGCACCACUAUGCUUUGGGGGCCGCGAGGGCCUGGAGGCGGCCAUUUUCAGUUUACCGAAAGUCUAUAAAUUGGUUGUCACCACACGAGNUCCCCCAGUUCCCUCUCUACAAACCACAAAGUCAAGAGUAAAGAAAACCAGAGUUUUAAGUGCUGUAAUCGAAGAAGAAGAGGAAGAAAUGGAGAAUGACGAUAUUAUUAAUCAUUCUUCAAUAAGUUUAAUAUCAGAGGAAAACACUACAACACCAAGUGAAGAUAUCAAGUUUGUAUUUCCAGACAGAAAGUUGACCAGGGCAGAAACUUUGCCAGAUAUUCACUUAGCAAGUGGAAAUGGUAUUGUCCAGGAAUCACAUAGAAUGAAGGAUUGGAUGAAUGAUGUGAACAGCAAAAAGCAAGAAUUUGUUAUAAGUAAACUUGAACUUGAGAACCAUGAGCUCAGAGAAGGAAACAAAGUCCUUGGUAAUGAAAUCAUGGAAUUGCACAAGGAAAAGGAUGAUYUGCAAGCCGAAAUAAGUGAAUUGCAAAUGCUGGUUGAAGACCUCCGUAUGAAGAUAAGUGAGAUGGAGUCCAGAGAAGGAAAGAGACAAUCUGACAAAAAAGAAAACAGCUCUAAAGUAGAUUCUUCUGGUGCAAAUACUCUGACUCAAAAUAAAAAGGUUGCACAAGUAAGAGGUUGGCUGUGUAAACGAGGUGUGAAAGGUUUAACUGGAAGAGUGUGGAGAAGGAGAUGGUUUUCUACUGACCAGCAUGAACGACUUUAUUAYUAUAAAAAAACGAACAAUACACAACCUAGAGGAUUUAUCGAUUUGGAUAUUAUCAUUGCUGUUCAAGACAAACCAAGUGAAGAGCAAGAUGAAAACAAUGCGCUUUUUGAUGUCAUUGUCCCUGGACGAGUCUACGAGCUUAUGGCGCACGAUGAGGAAGAAAAGAUAAGAUGGAUAAAUGCUCUGGAUUAUCUUCGUCACUGGCGUAGCAGAAUGACCAAUAAAGAAGGUGUUGGUAGUUCUAGUAUCAGCUGAGUACAGUUUUUUAGUAAAUUAUUAUUUAAGUUAUUUAGYUAAUUCUACUCAAAUUCAACUUGUUAUAAUUGCUAUUAUUUUUUCAUUGAAAUUCUUACCAUGACAAACGAAAAAUCUGCUUUGAGCCCUCAUACUACCAGGUAGUGAUUUCCAGAAGAGAUAAAGAUAUUAAAAAGUGUAAAGGAAUAUUUAGAGAACAAGACUUUAUCAUGAAAAGGUCCUGAGAGAUAUAUCGUUUGACAAUAAACUAAAAUUGAAACAUUCUCAAAUGCAAAGUUGUUUCAAAAAUGUCGAGGACUGAAUACGAGGCUACGGUACAUUGUAUUUCCAACAUCGAAAUACAUUGCUUUCAGAAAUAAACGAUAGAGCAUGAAGCGGUUUACUUGUGAUAAACCGCGYAGGAUGAUUUACCUCGAAAAGGUAAAUCACUCGACUGAAUGCUCGUGAUUUACAGAUCUUUYCUCGUGCUUUCCCAACMAUCCCAAGCGGUUUAUUUCGCCAGUAAGCCUCUUCAAGCUAUCGUUUUUUGCUUUUGUAUUAUAGCCGGCGUCCGCCAUUUAGACUCCGCCAAUUAGCGCGCGUGUUAGAAUUGAGUUAUAAUAUAAAAAAKAAUGACCUGCCAGCGAAGUUCAAUAAAGACCUUUGAUGGAAACUCUGUCGGUAAUGGAAUACACUAAACUAUUAUCGCAGUAUUCAAGUUAUAAAAAAUCCGCUAAAAGAUCUACUAUAGUAUAAAUAGAUUUACUUUAGGGUUUUUAUGUAAGUACAUUUGUUUAUCAUAUCAAAAAGGUUGAGUCGUGUUAAUAUUUUUUUAAUGAUAAACUURUAUUAAAACMCACUCGUGUUU